AGAGAGAGAGUAUGUGAUGGGACCAUUGUCUCUCAUCAACUUGAAUUGAAAACCAUUUUAACAACACGAUCCGGGUCUGCCGCUAACCACCUCCAUUCCUCUCUCUCUCUCUCUCUCUCUCGAUUUGUCUGAAAAUGGAAGAUCAAUACGGGAUGGGAGAUCUGCGCCGGUACAUCGAUGGCCGGCCACACUUUCCGGCCAUAUCUCAGCCACCGGAUUUUCCCUCCUGCCAUCGCUCCUCCUAUCCCUACGAUAUGCUCAUCUUCCGGCAGUCUGAUUCCACUGGCAUCGCACCUUCAGCUGAUGGCGCAGCUCUUAUCAGCUUCGAUGGUGGUACAGCCAGCGGCGGCGGAGACGGCGGCGCAGGGCGGUGGCCGAGGCAAGAAACGCUGACGCUUCUUGAGAUCAGAUCAAGGCUUGAUCCUAAGUUCAAGGAAGCCAAUCAGAAAACCCCCUUGUGGGAUGAGGUCUCUAGGAUUAUGUCGCAAGAACAUGGAUAUCAUAGGAGUAGCAAGAAAUGCAGAGAAAAAUUCGAGAAUCUAUACAAGUAUUACAAGAAGACGAAAGAAGGCAAAGCCGGCAGACAAGACGGCAAACACUACAGAUUCUUCCGACAGCUGGAAGCCCUCUACGGCACCAACAACUCCUCAUCAGCUUCUCAUUUUUACAACAAUUUUCCAAGCAGCAACGAUCAAGAACCCUAUCCCUUAUCCAAGAUUUCCGACAGCAGCCUCCCGGACUGGUGCGACUGCGACGCCACCUCAUCACACUGCACCGAUUCGAACGUGGAGGAUGCGAGGAUGAAGAAGAGGAGAGGGAAGAUGAGGAGGAGGCUGAAGGAGGAGAUCGAGGCGUCGAUUAAGGCGCAGAUGAGGGGCAUGAUGGAGAAGCAGGAGGCGUGGAUGCAGAAGAUGACGAGAGCCAUCGAGGGGAAGGAGCAGGAGCGGCUCGUUAGAGAGGAGCAGUGGCGCCGGCAAGACGCUGCCAGGAUAGACGGAGAGCACAAGAUGUGGGCUAAGGAGAAGGCGUGGAUCGAGGCGCGCGACGCCACCCUCAUGGAGGCCUUCAACAAGCUGGCAGCAAGGGAGAUUCAGCCACCGGGGAGUGGGAUAGAAGAAAAUGGGAUAUCGGAGGAGUUGGCGUGGGAUGAGAUGGCCGGCAGUUUGAUGUGUAGGGAGAAGUGGGAUCAUUUGAUUAAUGAUUAUCUCAUCAAAUGCAGCAAGAAGAAGAAGGAGGGUAAUGCUUGUGAUCACAAUCGUGAUUCGAUUUCCAAUCACGGAGGUGGAGCUGCGGUUGAUCCUGCUGCGAAUGAUGGACUCUUUAGGUACUUCAAUGGAGAUUCGUAUCAAAGAUUAUGAUCCAUCUCAAAGCAAGGAUGAAUUUGUGAUGUGUGUGUGUGUGUGUGUGAAUGUGUGUAAGGCUCGAUUCUUGUUGCUGGAAGUGAGAUGGAUGGCUGCUGCUGCUGCUGGUUGUUUCUUUGUACGAUUAGCUUUGUUGCAGGUACUUUUAUGACUUGUAAUUAAGUUGUAAUUACCCUAUGGUAAUACUCAAAUAACGUAUUUGUCAUGAAUUAUGUGAGUAAUUGGAGUUCAGAUUUUACAAA